ACUGGAGUGCGAUGGCGCAAUCUCGGCUCACUGCAACCUCCGCUUCCCAGGUUCAAGCGAUUCUCCUGCCUCAGCCUUCCUAGCAGCUGGGAUUAUAGGCAUGUGCCACCGCGCCCGGCUAGUUUUGUAUUUUCAAUUGAGACGGGAUUUCUCCAUGUUGGUCGGGCUUGUCUCCAACUCCCGACUUCAGGUGAUGCGUCCACCUCGGCAUCCCAAAGUGACGGGAUGACAGGCAUGAGCCACCGCAGUAACAGUGACCGCUAG